AUGACCAACUGCUGCUCCCCUUGCUGCCAGCCCACCUGCUGCAGGACCACCUGCUGCAGGACCACCUGCUGGAGACCCACCUGUGUGACCAGCUGCUGCCAGCCCUGCUGCCAGCCCAGCUGCGGCGGCUCCAGCUGCUGCCAGCCUUGCUGCCAAACCACCUGCUGCACAACCCGCUUCAGACCCACCUGUGUGAGCAGCUGCUGCAGCACACCCUGCUGCCAGCCCUGCUGCUGCGUGUCCAGCUGCUGCCAGCCCUGCUGCCAGCCCCGCUGCUGUGAGUCCAGCUGCUGCCAGCCCUGCUGCCAGUCCAGCUGCUGCCAGCCCUGCUGCCAGCCCCGCUGCUGUGAGUCCAGCUGCUGCCAGCCCUGCUGCCAGUCCAGCUGCUGCCAGCCCAGCUGCUGCCAGCCAGUUUGCUCUGGACCUGUGUACUGUACAAGAACCUGCUACUACCCUACAUGCGUCCGUGUGCCUGGUUGUCUGUCCCAGGGCUGUGGAUCCAGUUGCUGCCAGCCCUGUAGCUGCUGA